AUGGCGAGCGUCAACACCUCCUCCAUCGGCCGCCGGUGCCUCCCGCCGCUACCGUCGACGCCUCCAAUAGCUGCCGACACCGCCUCCAGCGGGUGUCGCCUCCGGCAACCGCCGUCGCCUCCUCCCGCUGUCAUAGCUGUCGUCUCCAAUGGACAUCGCCACCCUUCGGGCAGUGGCCGCCUGCGUACUAGCACCGACUCCCAUCCUUCUCCUCCUCGCAACGCCGUUGACUCCUCUUCUCUUCCUUGCAGUGUCACCGACUCCUCUCCUCCUCGCACCACCGCCGACAGGAAUGAGGAGGCCUUUCUUCCUCCUUCCCACUUUCCUUGCCGGCGCCGACGUCGACUGCCGACCGCCACCUCUUCUCCUCUCGCCUCCUGUGCGCUGAGAUCACCUCCUCGCGGUGUCGCCACAGGACGGACUCAACGCCCCUUUGCCCUCACGUACACCACCGACCUCCCUUUGCCGACACUGCCCAGGUUGUCGACGCUGCUGGGUCGCCUCUCACCUCCGACGCCACCGGCGCUGCCUCCUCCAGCGAGCAUUGACGCUUCCUCCAGCCGCAUCACGCCACCACAACCGCCUCAGAGGCCAUCGCCGACGCCCUUGGCGGGCGUCAACACCUCCUCCAUCGACCGUCGGUGCCUCCCGCCGUUGCCGCCGACGCCUCCAGUAGCUGCCAACAUCACCUCCAGCGGAUGUUGCCUCCAGCAACCGCCGUCGCCUCCUCCCGCUGUCACAGCCGCCGUCUCCCGUGGACGCCGCCACCCUCUGGGCAGUCGUCGCUUGCGUACUAUUUGUUUGCUCCGACCUUCGAGUCGAGAUGAGGUUUCGACCAUCAAGCCGUGUUGUGUUUUGCUAUUCAUAUUGUUAUCAUGCUUAUAA